CUCGCGCACUCGUGACCGCUCGAAUCGAUUGUUGUUCGGCUGUCGCGACUACCACGGUCGCAGUUCCAGACAGUGGCGGUUCUAAGAGGACGUUUGGGUGAUUGAGUGUCACGACGCCUUACGACCUUUGGACCAGCUCGGGUAUUCCUCGAGUAACCGGUUUCAACGUAUCGUCGAAGCGCUAUACCCAGCUACAAGGAUGGGUUCGCUCUUCCGCAGCGAGGAGAUGACCUUGUGUCAGUUGUUCCUCCAAAGUGAAGCCGCUUACGCCUGCGUCUCCGAGCUCGGCGAGCUCGGUCUCGUGCAGUUUCGCGAUCUGAAUCCCGAUGUUAACGCUUUUCAACGUAAAUUCGUUAAUGAGGUGCGCCGAUGCGACGAGAUGGAGCGCAAGUUGCGCUACCUCGAGAAGGAGAUCAAGAAGGAUGGGAUCCCGAUGUUGGACACCGGCGAGAAUCCGGAAGCACCGCAGCCCCGAGAGAUGAUCGACUUAGAGGCGACCUUUGAGAAAUUAGAGAACGAGCUUCGGGAAGUGAAUCAGAAUGCCGAGGCUCUCAAACGUAACUUCCUGGAGCUAACCGAAUUGAAGCAUAUCUUGCGAAAAACUCAAGUCUUUUUCGAUGAGGCUGAGCAUGGAGGUGUCGUGUCGCAGAUGGCAGAUCCCAGCCGUGAAGAAGAACAAGUCACUCUGCUGGGUGAGGAGGGCCUCCGCGCCGGCGGCCAGGCUCUCAAGCUCGGCUUCGUCGCAGGAGUUAUUCUGAGGGAACGCAUCCCUGCGUUUGAGCGCAUGCUGUGGCGUGCAUGCCGUGGAAAUGUCUUUCUGCGUCAGGCGGAAAUCGAAACUCCUUUGGAAGAUCCUUCGACGGGAGACCAGGUGCACAAGUCGGUCUUCAUCAUUUUCUUUCAAGGCGAUCAGCUGAAGACUCGCGUAAAGAAGAUCUGCGAAGGCUUCAGGGCAACUUUGUAUCCCUGCCCGGAAGCGCCAGCUGAUCGCAGAGAGAUGGCUAUGGGCGUUAUGACACGCAUCGAAGAUUUGAAUACUGUCUUAGGACAGACGCAGGAUCAUCGUCAUCGUGUUCUCGUAGCUGCUGCGAAGAACAUCAAAAACUGGUUCGUCAAGGUUCGCAAGAUCAAGGCUAUCUAUCAUACUCUGAAUCUUUUCAACUUGGACGUCACUCAAAAGUGUUUGAUCGCUGAAUGUUGGGUGCCUGUUUUGGACAUUGAGACUAUCCAGCUGGCUCUAAGACGCGGAACGGAGCGCAGCGGGAGUUCCGUACCCCCAAUUUUGAAUCGUAUGGAAACGUUUGAAGACCCGCCGACGUACAAUCGCACUAACAAGUUCACUAAGGGCUUCCAGACGCUGAUCGAUGCGUAUGGAGUCGCUUCUUACCGCGAAAUGAACCCUGCACCCUACACCAUCAUAACAUUCCCAUUCCUGUUCGCGAUAAUGUUCGGUGAUAGCGGCCAUGGUCUCAUUAUGUUUCUGUUUGGCGGCUGGAUGGUGCUAAAGGAAAAGCCAUUAGCAGCAAAGAAAAGCGACAACGAGAUCUGGAACAUUUUCUUCGGUGGUCGCUAUAUCAUUUUCCUCAUGGGUAUAUUCUCUAUAUAUACAGGUCUCAUUUACAAUGACGUGUUCUCCAAAUCACUCAAUAUUUUCGGCACCAACUGGGUUAUUAAUUAUAAUCUCAGUACCGUAAUGAACAAUAAGGAACUACAGCUGAAUCCGAGUAGUGAGGAUUAUAUUGAUUAUCCAUACCCAUUCGGUAUGGAUCCUGUAUGGCAGUUGGCUGAGAACAAGAUCAUUUUUCUAAACUCGUACAAGAUGAAGAUAUCCAUUAUUUUUGGCGUGCUGCACAUGCUAUUUGGUGUAAUGGUUGGCCUGUGGAACCACAUGUACUUUAAGAAGCGCAUCAACAUCAUUUGCGAGUUCGUGCCUCAGGUGAUCUUCCUCAUAUUGCUCUUCUUCUACAUGGUGUUGCUUAUGUUUAUCAAGUGGAUUAAAUACGGACCGAAGAAUGAGUUGACAGCUGGCCCGGGCUGCGCACCCUCGGUUCUCAUCACCUUCAUCAACAUGGUUCUCUUCAAGCAUGUCAACAAAGUUGGCGUAUGUGAUCCUUACAUGUACAGCGGUCAGGGCGGUCUGCAGCAAUUCCUAGUGAUCUUGGCUGUGCUUUGUAUACCAUGGAUGUUGCUGGCGAAACCAAUUUUGAUGAUGCGCAAUCGUAAGAAGCAGCACUACCAGCUCAACAACCACGGCGCCGAGAACGGUGACGUGGAGGGCGGCAUGGGAGCCUUGCAGGCGACUGGUGGCGUUACUCAGGCGGGCGGUGGCGGCGGCGGCGGCGGCCACAAGGAGGAAGAAGAAGAUAUGACGGAGGUGUUCAUUCACCAGGGUAUUCAUACCAUCGAAUACGUUCUCGGCAGUGUGUCGCAUACCGCGUCCUACCUGCGUCUGUGGGCCUUGUCUUUGGCCCAUGCUCAGCUGUCCGAAGUGUUAUGGAUCAUGGUGAUGAGAAAUGGCCUGGCGAGAGAAGGCUGGGACGGCGGUAUCAUCCUUUACCUUAUCUUCGCCUUUUGGGCCGUACUUACCGUAGGCAUUCUCGUACUCAUGGAGGGUCUCUCCGCGUUCUUGCAUACAUUACGUUUGCAUUGGGUGGAGUUCCAGAGCAAAUUUUACUCUGGUUUGGGAUAUGGUUUCCAGCCGUUCUCCUUCGAAAUUAUUUUAGACGCUGCACAGGCCACUACUGAAGAUUAAUUUAAUAAUAGUUUAAUGAUAAUUAACGAUCAUUACUGACUAUCGUUGUCAGUAGAAGCUCGACGAGAUCGUAAAUUCGAUAGUUGCUCCUUCAAACAAGUCAGUCAUGAAUAAUUAAUGAACGAAAAAUCUCUUCUGAAUGAAUAUUUGGAAUGUCAAUUCAAUCAUUAUAAUUUGUCAAAGUGCAAAGUUAUAUCCGUGUAAUCGUUGAAAUAUAAAUGAACAGCGCUUCCUUUAAUAAGACUACAAGAUUUAUAAUACAAAAUCAUUAUUAGAGAAUAUUUUUGCUGCACUAUAAGUUUGUUUCUUUAAAUUGGUCAAAAAAUUGCAAUCGAAUUUGAGAUCUAAUUUGUUGUCUUUAUUAUCAUUAAAUUGGUAUGAAGUAUUGUUUCUUUUUUUAUUAUUGUUUAAUAUUACAAAUCUCACAACUUUAGGAAGUGUUAUUUAGGCGAUGCGGAAUUCAUUCCGCAUACUAUAGAAUCUAGAUCUGAAAACAUACGUCGCAACAAAAGCGAUAAUCGAUUGAUGUUGUUCCGUAUAUCUGUACGUAAUAAAGAAUGUAGCAAAUUGAAGAGAAACUUGAUCAUUUAUGAAUGAUUGCGUCAAAGCAUGACGCAGUGUACUCAAUGAGACAAUAUGUAUAUAACUGUUGAGAGACUAAUUCUGCUUUAAAUAUAAUCAAGAUUCCAAAAACCUCU